AUGGAACCAUCAACACGAGUCAAAGAAAGAUUUUGCGGCUACAAUAAUGCUUUUGCGAGAAUCGCGGCUGGGCAAGACCGCAAAAGCAUAAUUGCUUCUAUUGGUCUCACUCGCAAACUCAAGGAUCUUUCAAAGGUAUUUGAUGAAUUUCUUGAGAGGAUUAUUAAUGAGCAUGUCGAGUAUCAUGAUCGGGAUCAAACUAAGGACUUUGUGGACACAAUGAUGGACAUAAUGCAAUCUGGAGAAGCAGAAUUUCAGUUUGACCAUCGUCAUAUAAAAGCUAUCCUCUUGGACAUGCUUCUGGCUGCGAUGGACACUACAGCAUCAACAGCAGAAUGGAUACUCACCGAACUUCUUAGGCUGCAUCCUGCUGUGCCACUAUUUUUUCAUGAGGCCAUGGAAGAUUGUGUAGUCGAUGAUCUCCACAUACAAAAGGAAACCAGAAUCAUAAUAAAUUGUUACGCGAUUCAUAUGGAUCCAAAUGUUUGGCCUGACCCUGAGAAGUUUUUUCCUGAGAGAUUUGUUGGGAGCAGUAUAGAUUUUCGUGGACGCGAACUUCAACUUUUACCAUUUGGCUCUGGGUGA